UAGAAAAAAGCUAAUAACUUAAAAGCACCACCUGUAAUGAGGAGAAUUAUAUUCCUAAAAUUAAAAUAAUAAAAUAAAAUCACAGGACAUGCAAGAGUGUCAAAUCUAUUUUUUCAAAAAUAUAAAAUUAAAAGAAGAUAAGCAUAAAGACACCUUUUUUUUUUAUCCUCUUUUUUAAUUUUCUGAUAAAGAAACAAAGAAAAAAAGAAAAAAAAAAAGAAAGAAAAGGGGCAACAGAGAAUGGCAUUGACGAAAUAAAAACAGAAAAAGAAGGGCAUUUAUAUACAGCUGUCAUAUUCCCUGCUUCCUCAUCACAUUUCUUUGUGUUCCUUUCACCUCUCUCUCUCUUUCUCCCACUUUAAUUUUUUGUUUUCGUUAUGUUUUUUUUGACCGUUGCUUCUCUCUCCUCUCUCUAUCUCUCUCAACGUCUCUCUUUAGUGUCUGCGUGUGUGUUACAAAGUGACACUGCUCUUCAACAUCAACCAGUUUAGCUCUGCUCAUUCUGUUCCCUGCCUGCAUUAUCACCACCGCCACCACCAUCGAUAAGAGAAAAUCCAUAUGAAUUUAGUGAGAUAUAAGAAAGGGUAUUGUUGGGAUUUAAGUUUUGAUUCAAGAAAGUGAGAAAUGGGAUGUUCCACAUCAAAGCUAGAUGAUGAAGAGGCAGUUCAGCUGUGCAAGGAUCGAAAACGUUUCAUUAAGCAGGCUGUGGAGCAAAGAACAAGGUUUGCUACUGGACACUUGGCUUAUAUUCAGUCCUUGAAAAGAGUUUCUGCAGCUCUUCGUGAUUAUGUUGAAGGAGAUGAACCUAGAGAAUUCUUGUUAGACUCAUUUAUAACUCCACCUUUUACGCCAGUAAAGAAAACAAGUCCAGGAUUUAUCUCAAUUUCACCGGGUUCCUUCUCGCAACCAGCCAUUCAGUUGGGAGCUAAUUCAACUUUGAAAGUAAAUUACUUAAGGUCUGUUGGAAACCAAGCUGUUUCAGUCGAGGAAAGACCCCAAUCACCGGAAACGGUCCGACUUGAAGCUUACUCUCCUGCAUACCAAUAUGGAUAUGAUGGAUACUAUGCAAUGCAGUCAUCACCUAUGUAUUCAUCAUUCUUCUCUUAUUCACCCAACAGGAGGCCCAAUAUUCCUCCUCCUUCACCUCAGACUUCACAAUGGGAUGGCUUUUGGAACCCAUUUUCUUCGUUAGACUACUAUAGCUAUCCUACUCGCAGUAGCCUUGAUCAGAUGGUUAUGGAUGAUGACAUCAGAGGACUGAGGCAGGUUCGAGAAGAAGAAGGGAUUCCUGACUUAGAAGAUGAAACAGAACACGAAGAAACGGAUAACAAGAAGGUAAAUGCAGCAGAAGAGCAAGCUAAGGUUGAUGCCAGUAAUGUUAAAGAAGAAGUGCUUGUUGAAGAUGUUGACGAGGAUGAGGAAGAUGAAACUGAUUCUGAAAGUGAAUGUGGAUGUGAAUGUGAAAAUGGAAAUAGUGAAUUGCAAUCACAAGGUAGUGCCAAGAUAGAUUUAUCACGGGUUCAAAGUUCAGGACAAGUUGAAGUUCGUAGUCAAGAAAUGUCAGUAGGUGAUGGAGAAGCUAAGGCAGAAACACCAGCUUUUACUGUCUAUGUAAACCGAAGGCCAACAAGCAUGUCAGAAGUUAUCAAGGAUCUUGAAGAUCAGUUCAUAAUGGCUUGCAAUUCAGCCAAGGAAGUUUCAUCAUUAUUAGAAUCUAGCAAAGCUCAGUACUCAUCAAUGUCAAGUGAGCUGACAGCUAUGAAAAUGCUGAACCCUGUAGCUCUGUUCCGCUCAGCUUCUUCUCGCUCAUCUUCGUCAAGAUUUUUGGUCAAUUCCUCAAGUUCUAGAGAUGAAGGUUAUGAAAGCAAUAGUGACUUCUCAGAGGAAUCCUGCAUUCUCUCUGGUAGUCACCAAUCAACAUUGGACAGAUUAUAUGCCUGGGAGAAGAAACUCUAUGAGGAAGUCAGGCAGUCAGGAGAAAGAAUUCGAAUUGCAUAUGAGAAGAAAUGUAUGCAACUCAGGAACCAAGAUGUAAAAGGAGAGGAUCCCUCUGUGGUGGAUAAAACAAGACUAGCCAUUAGAGAUCUGUACACCCAGUUGCAAGUUUCUAUACACUCAGCUGAAGCUGUUUCAAAGAGAAUAGAAGCUUUAAGAGAUGAAGAAUUGCAGCCUCAACUUCUGGACUUGGUAAAAGGGUUAGCAAGAAUGUGGAAAGUAAUGGCUGAAUGCCAUCAAUCACAACGCCAGACAUUAGAUGCAGCCAAACUUUUAUUAGCAGGGACACCAUCAAAAUUGGAUGCGAAGAGACACUCUUCCAUGUCAAUUGCUGACCCCCAACGACUAGCCAAGUCAGCUUCCAAUCUUGAGACAGAAUUGAGGAAUUGGCGAGCCUGCUUCGAGGCAUGGAUCACUUCUCAGCGGUCCUACAUGCAUGCACUAACAGGCUGGCUCCUUAGGUGUUUAAGGUCAGAUCCUGACACAUCAAAACUGCCAUUCUCCCCUCGUCGGUCCAGUGGGACUUUUCCAAUCUUUGGACUUUGUAUCCAAUGGUCAAGGUUUCUCGAUGUGAUCCAGGAGAUGCCAGUCCUUGAUGGACUGGACUUCUUUGCUGCUGGGAUGGGAUCACUUUAUGCACAGCAGCUAAGGGAUGAUCCUACCAAGGCUAGCUCUAGGAGAUACGGAGCUGGGAUUUUAAACGAAUCCAGCUUGAAUAUGGAACUGGUGGAGGUGGGUGAAGUAGAAGAGGUAAUGACUGCAGAGAAAAUGGCUGAAGUUGCCAUAAGAGUACUCUGUGCUGGAAUGUCGGUUGCUGCAAGUUCACUGACAGAGUUUUCUGUUAGUUCUGCUGAUGGAUAUGCAGAACUCGUUAAGCAAUGGGAGAACCAACCCCGAUUGCUGCAUAGUUCUGGCGGGACUGGAAGGUAGUUCAUGAUAUUCUGGUAGUUAGUUUUGUCAUGGUUGUCAAUGUAAUCAUUUGUCAUAAUAUAAUUGACAAAGGAAAUAUAGAGCAACUACUUUCCGCUGCUUCAGCUAA